GUUUUGACAUUUGACAUAAUCGUAGAAAUGGAAUCAAUGGAGGAACAACAAUGUUUACAUCAAUGUGAAAGUUACAUUCAAACCCAUAAUAUUCAACUGCUUUUAAAAGAUUGUAUUGUUCAACUUUGCUUAAAUAAACCUGAAAAUCCAGUCACGUUUUUACGACAAUAUUUCCAAAAAUUGGAACGGGAGCAAGUGAAGGCGGCGGCGGCGGCCGCGGCGACGUCAGAGGGCGAGGGUGAUGGCGAGCUAUCCCCCCUGCCUCUGCCCGCCGGACAGCCGCCGCGUCGCCGCGGGGGCAUCAGCGCUGAACCCGUCACAGAGGAAGAUGCAACCAGUUAUGUUAAAAAGGUGGUGCCAAAAGACUACAAAACGAUGGGCGCACUGUCGCGAGCGAUCGCAUCCAAUGUGCUUUUCACACACCUAGACGAGUCGGAGCGAGCCGACAUGUUCGACGCCAUGUUCCCUGUGCAGUGUCUGCAGGGCGAGACUGUUAUCCGUCAGGGUGAUGAGGGUGAUAACUUCUAUAUAAUCGAUUCUGGCGAAGUUGAGGUGUUAGUUAACGGUGAGCUGGUGACUACAAUCGGCGAGGGCGGCAGCUUCGGUGAGCUGGCGCUGAUCUACGGCACGCCGCGAGCCGCUACGGUGCGCGCGCGCUCGCGCCUCAAGCUGUGGGGUCUCGACCGCGACUCCUACCGCCGCAUCCUCAUGGGCUCUACUAUACGCAAGCGACGCAUGUACGACGAGUUCCUCUCCAGAGUCUCCAUUCUAGAGAGCUUAGAGAAAUGGGAACGAUUGACGGUGGCGGAUGCACUGGAGCCAGUUUCAUUCAAUGACGAGGAAACUAUAGUUCGGCAGGGUGAGCCCGGGAACGACUUUUACAUCAUUGUCGAAGGUACUGCGGUGGUUCUGCAGCAGCGCGGGCUGGGUGAGGGCGGGGGUGAGGGUGCCGGGGAGGCGGUGGAGGUGGGGCGGCUAGGGCCGUCCGACUACUUCGGAGAGAUCGCGCUGCUGCUGGACCGGCCGCGCGCUGCCACCGUGCGCGCCGCCGGCAGCCUUAAGUGCGUCAAGCUCGACCGCGCCAGAUUCGAAAGGGUAUUGGGGCUGUGCGCUGACAUUUUGAAACGUAACAUCGCCCAGUACAACAGCUUCGUGUCGCUAUCCGUAUAAUAAAUUGGGGUUUUUAUUGAUCACUAAUAAAUGAAUUGCAAUAAGCUGAAAAAACGCUCAAAUUUAUCGCAGUUAAAUGUUAAGGCAUAUGUUUUUAUGCAGAAUCGUUAAUGCACUUUUGUUUGUGAAAACUUCCUUAGAUGACUUAAUUAUUUAUUUUAUUUCUAAUUUUAUUGGAGGCAUAAACAUAAUUAACUUUUA